GUCCCAGCCUUUAUUCCUCCUCUAGGGGCAGUCUGGCCCCGCCCCGGCGUCUGGGACGGGUGGGGUGUGGAUGGGGAUGGGAAUUGUAACUGAGCAAUUGGGUGGAGGCGCUACCGCGGCGUCUUCUGCCCUGUUCCGCCGCCUAUAUCCCCUUACUCUUUUCCGCAGACCCCCACCUCUCCUACCGCUUUCGCCAGUCGUUCACCAGAAAGCAUGUGUCCACUACUUCUUCACCGCAACGGUUAAUUUCCUCUAGGCUUGAGGGCAGAAUUUCAACCUGGGGUGUGCGUGGCAUGAAAAGCGAUUGUGAUUUACACGACAAAAUGCCCACGUUUAGAAUAGUUGCUCGUGGUUGAAAGACUUGGAUAAAUGUGGAUGAGAUAUAAGGGGAAGCCGAGGUGCUCCGUGGAAUCAUGGCAGUGCCCUUUGUGGAAGACUGGGACUUGGUGCAAACCCUGGGAGAAGGUGCCUAUGGAGAAGUUCAACUUGCUGUGAAUAGAAUAACUGAAGAAGCAGUCGCAGUGAAGAUUGUAGAUAUGAAGCGUGCUGUAGACUGUCCCGAAAAUAUUAAGAAAGAGAUCUGUAUCAAUAAAAUGCUAAAUCACGAAAACGUUGUAAAAUUCUAUGGUCACCGGAGAGAAGGCAAUAUCCAGUAUUUAUUUCUGGAGUACUGUAGUGGAGGAGAGCUUUUUGACAGAAUAGAGCCAGACAUAGGCAUGCCGGAACAAGAUGCUCAGAGGUUCUUCCAUCAACUCAUGGCAGGGGUGGUUUAUCUGCAUGGUAUUGGAAUAACUCACAGGGAUAUUAAACCAGAAAAUCUUCUAUUGGAUGAAAGGGAUAACCUCAAAAUCUCUGACUUUGGCUUGGCAACAGUGUUCCGGUAUAAUAAUCGUGAGCGUUUGUUGAACAAGAUGUGUGGUACUUUACCAUAUGUUGCUCCAGAACUUCUGAAGAGAAGAGAAUUUCAUGCAGAACCAGUUGAUGUUUGGUCCUGUGGAAUAGUACUUACUGCAAUGCUUGCUGGAGAAUUGCCAUGGGACCAACCCAGUGACAGCUGUCAGGAAUAUUCUGACUGGAAAGAAAAAAAAACAUACCUCAACCCUUGGAAAAAACUCGAUUCUGCUCCUCUAGCUCUGCUGCAUAAAAUCCUAGUUGAGAAUCCAUCAGCAAGAAUUACCAUUCCAGACAUCAAAAAAGAUAGAUGGUAUAAUAAACUCCUCAAGAAAGGGGCAAAAACGCCCCGAGUCACUUCAGGUGGUAUGUCAGAGUCUCCUGGUGGCUUCUCUAAGCACAUUCAAUCCAAUUUGGACUUCUCUCCAGUAAACAGUGCUUCUAGUGAAGAAAAUGUGAAGUACUCCAGUUCUCAGCCAGAACCACGCACAGGUCUUUCCUUAUGGGAUACCAGUCCUUCAUACAUUGAUAAAUUGGUACAAGGGAUCAGCUUUUCCCAGCCCACAUGUCCUGAUCAUAUGCUUCUGAAUAGUCAGUUACUUGGCACCCCAGGAUCUUCACAGAACCCCUGGCAGCGGUUGGUCAAAAGAAUGACACGAUUCUUUACCAAAUUGGAUGCAGACAAAUCUUAUCAAUGCCUGAAAGAGACUUGUGAGAAGUUGGGCUAUCAGUGGAAGAAGAGUUGUAUUAAUCAGGUUACUGUAUCAACAACUGAUAGGAGAAACAAUAAACUCAUUUUCAAAGUGAAUUUGUUAGAAAUGGAUGAUAAGAUACUGGUUGACUUCCGGCUUUCUAAGGGUGAUGGAUUGGAAUUCAAGAGACACUUCCUGAAGAUUAAAGGGAAGCUGAUUGAUAUUGUGAGCAGCCAGAAGGUUUGGCUUCCUGCCACAUGAUCCGACAUUGGCUCUGGGGAAUCCUGGUGAAUAUAGUGCUGCUAUGUUGACAUUAUUCUUCCUAGAGAAGAUUAACCUAUUCUGCAAACUGCAAACAAUAGUUCCUGAAGUAUUCACUUCCCUCUUUAUCCAAACAUCUUCCAAUUCAUUUUGUUUAUUCUACAUACAAAUAAUACCUAUAUCUUAAUUGUAAGGAAAACUUUGGGGAAAGGAUGAAUAGAAUUCAUUAGAUUAUUUC